GUUUUGCGAUCUCGUCGGGUAAAGUCAAAUUCAAGCUAGAUACUAAGAAAUGAGUGAAAUGUUCACGGUGGACGAAUAGCAACCAAUAGAAGUUUAACUAUCAAGUAUGUCUGGUCCACCAAAUAUUAACAACGGCGCUUCAGGAGGUAGUGGUCGGGGAUGGCUUCGUACACCACCGCCAACUUAUUUUCGAUCACCAUCACCUUGGGUACCUCCUGGAUCAGCACCUGCCACGAGACAACAGCCUCCGUCGACAACCGGUGGCUUUGAACCACAGGCUUUUGCACGGUACAAUGCAUCGCCUACAUACCUACCUCAACCUGUCUAUAGAUAUGAAUCUGUAGAGACUAGUGAAACUCAAAACCAAAGAGCGACAAGUAUCAGAUGCACCAAUGGUGCUUUGCAAAAUGAGACACAGAAUCAGAAUCUGCACAGCGUUCGAACAACUCCAAUACCGGAACGUCACAUCAAUGAGACGAGUUCUAUUACUCAACAAACACAGUUGAGGAAUACCUCUUAUACACACCAAUAUUCCGGCUCGAUACCAUCUGCAGUCAAAAAUGUAAUGCUACCACCGCAACGGAUGUAUUCUGCGACACCAACUCAUCAACUGGAAUCCAACUUCCAACGACCGCAAUCAAGAGGACAGCCUGUUCGCUACCCUACACCGUCUUUUUCAUACCAAUCUAUCUCCGACAAUUCAUACAGCAAUCAACCGCAAUACGUAAUCUAUGAUUGUACUGGAGAAGCUGGCCCAUCAACCGCUGAAAUCAUAGCGAACCAGUCUCAAGAUUACGUAGAUGAAAAAUUGGCAGAAUAUCAAGCUACAAUACAUUUAUUGCAAGAUGAACAAGAACGCGUACAAAAGAAAACUUUCGUUAACUGGAUAAACUCUUUUCUUUCCAAGCGAAAUCCACCUCUAAAAAUUCUUGAUCUUAUUCAUGAUCUAAAAGAUGGAACUAAACUAUUGGCCUUACUGGAAGUGCUUUCGGGUCAACGGUUGCCCAUGGAAAAAGGAAAAAUACUACGAAGGCCACAUUAUUUGAGUAACGUAAACACGGCUCUACAAUUUUUAACAAGCAAAAGAAUAAAACUAGUGAAUAUCAAUCCAUCGGAUAUCGUGGACGGACGACCGGCUGUAGUACUGGGUUUAAUAUGGACAAUAAUUUUGUACUUCCAAAUAGAAGAAAACAGCCGUAUCUUGUAUUACUUGAACGAUAAUCUCAGUGGAUCCGUCAGCAGUUUGGACAGCAGUUCAGCAUCAUGUAUACCGAGUCCAAGUAAACCUUUGCUUCAGGAAUCAGGUGCAGCAUCACAAGAGAUGCUCAAGCAAGGCCCUAAGAAAACCCUCCUAGGCUGGGUGAAUAAUGCACUUCCAAAACAUUCAGGGCUAGAGAUACGAGAUUUUGGCGCAAGCUGGAGAGAUGGAUAUGCGUUUUUAACCCUUAUUGAUUCCAUCAAAACAAACGUUAUUAACGUUGCAGAAAUGAAGAGACUUAACAAUCGUCACCGCUUGGAUACAGCAUUCAAUGUAGCUGAGUCCGAACUUGGUAUCGCAAGACUAUUGGACGCUGAAGACGUAGACGUGAAUAGUCCUGAUGAAAAAAGUAUUAUGACCUAUGUUGCACAAUUUUUACACAAAUAUCCAGAUGUGAAGAAUAUCAACUCCAAAAGUGAAAGUGAACGAGAACUGUAUGACUUACUAAAUUGGCUGCACACCACAGUGCGGCACUAUGACAGUUUUAAUGGGAAUUAUCCUAACAACUACGAGAUGUAUGAAAAAGUACACCAUGAAAAAAUGGAAAAACUGAAUACCUACAAAAAAGUUAAAAAUAUCCACGCUGCAAAAUUAACUCCUGAGGUUCAAGAUCUGAAUGACUACUGGCAACGAUUUGAAAAACACCUGCAGCAGUGGUUGUGGUUCUUGGAUUGCAACCUUCCAGAUCAGUUUGGUGCCAUUGGUUUAUGGUUAAGCAAUGGAGAAAAACUUCUGAAUGACAGUGAUAUUCCCAACAACAUGAACGAAGAAACUGCUUCUCUCAUAAGUAAAAAAUUGGAAGCACACAAACAGUUCUUUGCGGCUUAUUUUGAAGUGUUUGAAACAUUUAAUGAUUUGAAAAUGACCAAUCUGGCCAAGAGAGUUCCCGCGAAUCAGCUUGAAAACUUAGAAAAGAGACUAGUGGACAUUGAAAUUCACGCACGGCAGCGAAGGAUAAAACUGAAAUAUCUCGAACAUAAGUGCUGUCUCAUUGCAUUCCUUAAUCUAUUGGAAAACAAGAUCAAUUGUGUCAAAUAUAGCAAUGAAGAAAUCGUUAAACAGUCUCUUGAGCAACUCAAGAAUUUUGUAAGAAGGAACCAAAUAAUGCAAGAAUUUGAAAAGGCCCUCGUUGAUAUGCGGCAGGUUAUCGAGGAAUAUAAAGUGGACGGUAAUAUUUCAAAGAAGGAAGUGUAUAGUAUUGACUCUUUUCUUCGAGAAAUUGAAGAUCGUUGGAAGAAUGUAUCAUCGCGAUUAAUAUGUACCGAGACUAUGUUAGAAGAUGUUCUUUCUCAUUGGCAACGCUGGAAGAAUCUUGCGGAAGAUUUAGAAACAUGGAUUGUUGCCGCACAUGAUGCCCUCAAAGCAACGGAAGAUGAAAAGAUUGAAUUUUUCCAAAAUUUGACAGUUUACAAGGAUAAAUAUGCUAUGCUGACCGAAACAUUCAACAUCUUGAAAUCAACAUGUGAUUAUGACACAUCGAUCAAAAUUGAGAACAGAUACAAGCAAAUAUCACAACAUUGGGAUCAAAUAUUCCAGCAUUCAAAACAAUACCUUCAUGUUGGAGAUGUUCUACAACACAGACAAAAAUUCAAAACAGACGCCGCUCGUCUUAGUGAAUGGAUACAAAAAGCAGAAGCAAUACUGUCCCGAAACAAUUUGAAAGAUACCACAGAAAUUAAACAAUCAGAAGCUGAUAUAAAACAGAUAGCAUGUGAAAUUGAAUCCAAGGAGGAACUGUUCAAAUCCAUCAGCAGAAGCUUCCAAGCUUUGAUUAAAGAAUAUUCGAGAGAUGAAGUCGACAAGAUGAUGAACUUAAUGAAAAGAGAAAAAGAGGCGUUGGUUUGCAUAAGAGCACAGAUUCCUGUCAAGCUUCAUCUUUUCCAUCAGCUUCUAACGCAACAGGAAGCACUGGAAUCUGGACAAAAAGAAAUCACAGACUGGCUAGAUGAAGCAGAGAAUCUUCUCAUAUCUUAUGCUUUUACCAAUGAAAGUCAGCAUACAACAGCCAAUCUCGCCAGACACAAAACCUUUUUCAACCGUACAUUAUACUACAAGUCAAUGUUGGAAAGCAAAAAUAACGUUUUCCAAAAUCUUCUAAAGUUAACGAAUGUAGACAAAAGUAUCAAUAUAAAUGAUACUUCUGGUAAAAUGAAACAACUUAAUGAGCGCUUUGCGUAUGUAAUAAACAACGCAAAUGAUUGGGAGUUCAAGCUUCAUGAAAAUCUGAAAGUAUGGGAGAAAUUCACCAAUAGUCUAUCAAAAGUUGAAAAUUUCCUUCGACAAGCAGAAUCAUGGCAAAAUGCCACAGUGCCGCUGGAAAAGCAAACUGAUGUCAUAGCGCAACUUGACUUCUUCAAUAAUGCAGAUCAGUCUAUCAUUGGUGAUCUGGAAGCAAAUACCGAAGAGCUUCUCAAAUAUCUGCCACCGAACGAGCAACGCAUUAUGAUAUCUAAGGUGGAAUCCAUUCAAAAGCAAUGGAGUGGAGUUAUAUCGAAUGUCCCCCAACAUCUUAUGAAACUUGAAUUCAGAUUGAAUGAAAUUAUUUUCUACAAUCACGUUAAUCAGAUUGAAAAAGAAUUAAACACCGAAGAACAAGCAUUCAAUUGUAAUGAGAAUUUUGAAACAAUUGUACAACGAAAUGAAGCAUUUUUCAAAACAAAUGACCUUCAAAGCGUCGAAAAGGUAUUGGCUUGCUUGGAAAGGAUUAGUUAUGUGCACAUGGAGCAAUUUGCAAAUGAUCGUGCAUUGUGCCAACAGUAUCAGAUGGCGAAUGAUACAUGGAUUGGCAUUUGUAAACGAAUUGAAAAUGUUAAAAACAUUUUACAUAAAAUUCCUGCUCAAUGGGAUGCAUACCAUAGCAAGUUCAUAGAAAUGAAUCAAUGGAUGGAUCGCGUUGAUCAAUCAUUAAAACAGAUUAUGGUUGAGAAGGAAACAAUGGAGCAAUUUGAACAGGAGAAAACAACUUUCCAGAAUAUCUGUUUCGAAGCGGAUGCAAGAAGAGAGGACAUGAAAUGGUUGGUGAAAACGUUGGAUUUCCUGUUGAGUCACACGAAUGAAGACCAAGCAGCUAUUGAACAAGACAAAAUCGAAAGAUUGAUUACCCGCUAUAAAACACUUAUUCCAACAAUCGAAACAACAAUGGUAAAAACUGAAAUAUUCGCCAAAUGCUAUACAUACCGACAUGAAGCGGAGGAAAUAUGCAAUUUGCUAAACCGAAUCAAAAUGCAAAGCCUAAAUGCUCCGACUCCGGAUAGUUAUCGCAACGUUAAUACUAUGAUUGAAGAGCAAAACGUUUCUCUGAAAGAACUAGAUAAUCAAAGAGGACACAUAAUGAAAAUGUUACAAAAAGGUAAAGACUUAAGUAAAAAUGUUAACGCCCCAGCUUUUGUCAAUCAAAAGACAAGAAUCUUAGAAACCUGUUGGAACGACACGUAUAAUGAAGCAGCCGAAAAACUGAAAGGGUUAAAGGCAGUGCAUAAAACAUGGAACGACUAUAAUGAGCAGAGGGGCAACAUUGAAUCAUUAUUGAAUAACGCCGAAAUGGAGUUAAGAUCCAUCACUCCCCUCCAAACGGAUCCAACUAGCGUUACUCAAGAUCUUGAGACGAAGAAACAGCUCGCAUUAAACUUGAAGCAAGCAUCAUCCAAGUCUCUGAUGCAAUUGAAUGAUCUGUGCCGUGAAUUGGGCUCAUGCAUUCAUCCAACUGCGAAACAAGUCUUAGAAAAAGAAACAACUGGAAUUGAAAAAAGAAUCUACAAUACGGUUAACUUUGUUGAAAAACGAAUAGACUACCUUACAGACUAUAAUGAUAAAUGGAACGAAUACAAACAACGGCUUGAUAAUUUGAAAAAUUGGGCAGGAAAUGUGUAUCCUAAAAUGAUAACAGCUAUAAAACAGCCACACAUCACUCCAACCGAUAGGCUACAAAAAACAAAACAGCUGGAAAACGUGCUUAGUGAAAAAAUGAAAACAUUGGACAUUUUGAAUGCAAGUGCCUCCGACUUAGCAUCUAAGGAAGGUAACUUGACCGAGAUGAAACGACUUAAAACUGAAGCACAGCGCCUACAGGCAACGUUCACCGAACUGAACAAUGCCCUUGGUGCUGAGAAGGCACAAGUCAAUCAAGAUGUUGAAAGAUGGGAUCAAUACAACCACGAGAUUGACAAAAUCAAGGCUUGGAUUGGGGGUAUUGAUAUGCCAAUUGAUUCACAACAAAACAAGAUUUGUACGCUGGAAGAUGCUAAGCUACUUCAAGCUAAAUUAAAUGAUCUUUGCGGACAGUGUAACGAAAAAUUCACGGAUUUGCAAAAUGUGAUGCAGAUGUGUAAAAAUAUCAAGUAUGGAAUCAAACCCUCAGAUGAGAUAGAUAAAUGCUAUGACAUUCUGACAGAUAUCCGUGAAAAUGCACAACAUUUGAAAGGAAAGAUGGACAAACUUGUUCUAAAUCUGUCUACCAUGGAUGUCGAAUUGGCUAAGCUUGGUUCCUUUAUCAAUGAUGCCCAUGGUAAACUAAACCAUUAUUCGGCUAUCAAACUGGAACAUUUGCCAAUCGACAAACUAGAAGAGAAAAUAAAAAUGCUAAGGUUAUUUAACAAUGAAAUUUCCGAGCAUCAGGCAAAACUUAUUUCUCUUGUCCACGUUUUUGAUCAAAUAACUAAUGGUAUUUCAGAAGAAGGCAUAAAUUUACUGAAACGUAAAUUACAGCAACCAAAAGAUCAACUAUCGAAACUAAGCGAUAAUGUGCGUGGCAUGAUUAAUGAACAUUAUCAGCACAUUGUAGUCCAGCAGAAUUUCAAUGCAAAAAUAACCGACUUUAGCAAUUGGAUGGAUCAGAUUACCGCUAGCAUCACUGAAUUAGAAGAUACUUUGCUAGACGAGACUGAUCUUGCAUUGCAAAACGUGCAAUAUUUGCUGCAACAGCAUGCUGGUAAACGAGAUGUUUUCAAUGAGAUAUACUCCCAAAUAAAAGAUGACAGCCUUAGCCCUGCUGCUGCUGGUGAUCGUUCUGUCAUGGACGAAACAUAUUCAUCGUUGGCAAGUAAUUAUCAAAACAUUGAGUCCACCUUGCAGGAAUACAAAGAUUACCUGCAAAAAUGGUCAGCAUUUUUAAACUGGUACCACGGAAUCAAAGAUCAAAUUCAACAUAUGAAUGACAAUGUCGUAAGAUAUGAUGUGGUAGAAGAAGCAGACCUUAAAGAUACUCUGAGCAAAGUUGAAAAUUUUGCACAGGCUAUCAAUAAUUGGAAACAAAAUAUGAUUGCUCUUGAACACCAACCUCGUGUUAAAUUCCACGAUAAGAAGGGAAACAAAGUUAAUGCAGUAAAAAUGCUGGCUGAUUUGGAAAACAGACUUGAUAAAAUUAGAUCUAACUGUGACUCAAAAAUAAAUGAAAUUAAUGAUGUCAAACAGAGGGUCGCCAUUUUCCAAGAGACACAAAGACAGAUAAUAGCAAAUUUGAACUCAAUCUCUGAUAAACUAAAGACGAUUGUCAAGAAUUCAAGAUUAAGUAAUAUUGAUGAUUCGUUGGAAGAGCUUUCUUCUUUGAAUGAACAACUCAGUAAAGAAUGUUCAACGAAGGCACAGGCUCAUUACGAAGGGUCCUUGUUGAUGAAGCAGGAAGAAAUUCCCAUGAUUAGCAUUCAAGAACCUCUUGCUGUGCUUGAUAAAGAGCUUGACAAUAUCCAAUCGGAAAUUGAAGAAACUCUGGAAAAUUUUGUAAAUGUGCGAGAUCACUAUAACGAUUUCAACAGAUAUAACAUGGUAUUCAACAGUGAGCUCAAGAAUAUCGUAUCUACUAACAAAGCAACUGCCACAGAAUUUAACGAUAAGCAAUCGCUAAUCGAUCAGCUAGACGUUUUGAAAAAGUCAUCAGAAUCAAUGAAGAAAGUAAAGAAAAAUGCAGACGCAGUUUCUAAUAAAGGAAAUGAUAUCGUUAAACUAUUCCGCAAUUAUAACCCACAGGACUGCGAGAAUCUUCUUGACAUAAUAAGGCAAAACAAUGAAGCAUUUAAAAUCAAUUUAGAAAAACUGAUUGACAACAGCAAUGCAUUAAAUCAAAAAUUAGCGCUUUAUAAACAGAUUGAAGAUUUAAGCCAUGACAUAAUUUCAUGGCUUGAAGUAACUCAAGAUCAGUUCAACCGCGUGCUGGAAAAUCCUUGUGAAAUGGAGCAUAGAAUUACAUGCUACAGAAACGAGCUACCAGCUCAACUAGUAUGUAAUGAAAAUUUUAUUAGUCUUCUAUCCGAAUUCAAACGAGUAAAUAAUAAUUCGGUGCCUCAUGAUCUUGCAGUAAUGGAAAACAAAAUUAAAAGCAUGUUUUCCGAGCUUCAGGCUCACUUUGACAGAAUAAGUAACAAAAUGAACGAAUACAUUGGGGAAGAACGUAGCUUGAAAGAGCGAAUCAAAUUGGUCAUUGAAAAAUUGUACAACAUUCGCGAAGAAAUCAUGAACUGCGACGAUGUUACAUUGGAUUCAAAUAAGCAGCUUCGAAACCUGGACAGGUUGAAAAAGCUACGAAUGGAUGUAAACUCAGUGGGUGCGGAGAUCACUGAUUUGAAAAAUCACUUUGUCAGUAUCGAGACGAAAUAUGAAUCCAUUAAAGAAAGCACUACCUCUAGAGAAUUGCAAAACUUGGAACAACGUUUUGGAAUGGUACUAAACAAUCUCAACGAAGUGGAGGGCAAAUUGAAUAAGGCUGUUGAGAAAACGUUCAAAGACAAGGUAUUGAGUCUCAACCGAAUUGUUUCAUCGCAAAUAGAAAAACUUAAAUGGUGCUAUCCAGAAACUAACAGUGAUAAAUACAAUUUGGAAAUAAAAAAGUCCACUUUGUGCGAUAUAGAACAAUCCAUUACCGAGUAUGAUGCAUUGUUAGUCAAUGUUUCGGACUUCUUGAACUCUCUAGGUGGAGUCAUCACUCAACCGAAACUUGAUCACUUUAAAGAGGAGAAAGAUGACGUUGAAAACGGUUUUAAGCACCUGAAAUCGGAAUGUAGUAAAGUGAAGUCUACAUUGAAUUCGAACAUCGCUUUAUGGACAGAAUAUGAAAAAGUGUCCGGAGAUAUAGUCAAAUGGCUAAAAGAGGUAGAAAUCAAACACAAAAUGGAAACAGUACUGUUGAUAGAUUUGAACACACUAGGUGAUAAAAUCGAAGAAACGAAAGGCACUUACAAAGCCUUAACUGAUUUUGAGCCUAAUUUGAGAAAGCUUCAUGAUAUUGCAAAUAACAUCAAUAAACUGAAUCCAGAUUCGAGAGCAUUGGUGCUUGUGCAACAGUUACAAACACGAUUCAAUACCUUUGAAAAAUAUUUUUCGCUUCUAUUACACAGAUUAUCAGAUGUAGAUUCUAAGAAUGAACAAUUCAAAAAUCAAUUGAAAGAAGCAUUUGAGUGGAUUGAAAAUACGAAAGCACAUCAAAUGCGCUUCAGUAAAGUGUCAGACAAAGAUUACGACGAGCUGAAGAAUUGUCGCAGUCAAAUUGUGGCGCAUGAACAAUUAGUGAAUGACGCAUGUUCUUUGGGGGAGAAUUUAUACGCCGAAGUAAACCCGGAGUGUCGUGAGACAAUUAGGAUGGAGGUCUUAUCGUUGAGAAAUGCGUAUCACGGUCUUUUAGAUGGAUGCAAUACAGUUCUUAAGGAAAUGGAAGCAAACAUCAUAAAUAAAAAGACAAUCGAUGAAAGCUAUUGUCAGCUUCUAAAGUGGCUGAUUGAUCUGGAAAAUAAGCUAAAAACUUUACCUGCCUUCUACGCCACCUUACAACUUAAAAAAGGUGCAUUAUUUGAAUGCAAGGCUAUGAUCAAAGACGCAAAUUAUCAUAAAAGUAGUGUUGAGCAGUUAUUAAAACGAUCCACUGCAUUAUACAGCACAGAUAGUUUAGCGAAUAUUGAUGAAACAUGUGAAAAAUACAGUACACUCAUAAACGAUCUUUCGAAAAAGUUCGAUAUAUACGAGAAAUGCGUGAAAGACCACGAACAUUACAACAAUGUACUGGAGAAGUCAAGAGAUUGGCUGUUGAAACUUCAAUCGCAAACCAACGAAGUUUUCAACAAUGAGAAUGAUCUGAAUAAAUGCAAAAUUGAAGAAUAUCUCAUGAUCCUUGAUAAUACCCUUUCCGAGGAAGAGAUCGUUCUAGAUUGCGUUAAUGAUUGUUAUAAUCAGUUCACCGUUGUCAUGGGACAAACUGACGAAGUUGGGCAUUCUGAUCUUCUCAAAACAUUUGAAGAAAACAAACGCAAUUGGAUACAGUUUUUCGAAAAUUGUAGAAUGAAUCGGUCUAAAUUGGCAAAUAUGAUGAAUCAAAUCGAAAACGCAAAUCACAAUCUCGACGAAUGUCUGGCCAAGCUGGGUGACACCAAAAACAAAAUAAAAGAUGUCUCGUGUCAGAUGCCAAUUGGUACAAAACAAGAUAUUAUCACUGACUUGGUGGGGAUCAAGAAGGAUAUUGAAAAUCAAGGCGUACGAAUAAGCAACAUAAUAGAAGAAUGCCAAGGGUUGAAGGCAAAUAAUGAUAUUUCUGCUAAGAUGUAUCACGUGCAAAAUGAAUACCGUAGCGUUAUGAAUUUGUGUGCUGAUGCAAUUAACAAAGCAGAAGCUGCUAUUCAUGAUCAAUCUGAUUUUAACAAGUCAUAUGAUGAAUUCCAAGCCAUAUUGACGAAUAAUUUGGAAUCACUUGAACAACUGGAACAAUUAGUGGGUGAUUUGAAUGUAUUACAAAACCGACAAAUACGCCUAAAAGAGAUAGCAUAUAAGAGACUUGACGAUGGAAAUACCUUGGAAGAAUUGAUCGCCAGGGGUGAAAAAUUGUAUGCUCAAACAUCACCAGACAGUCGAGAACAAAUCCGUCAAAGAUUGUCCGAUUUGCGUCAACUGUGGGAUAAAUUCUCUGAUCAAUUGGAAAUGGUAUCUCAGAAAGUCGACCAAUGUAUUCUCCAACUUGGCGAAUUCAAUUUACAACAAGAACAGCUUUCCAAAUGGUUGAAGGAUAUCGAAGCGUCAAUGAAGAUCACUGCUGAACUGAAAUCAAACAUUCAGGAUAAGCGUUCCCAAUAUCAAAAUCAUAAACUUAUGCAUCAAGAAAUUCUCGCACAAAAUACACUGCUUGACUCAGUAUGUACUAAAGCACAACAAUUGUUAUCAUUGACUAACGAUCAGCACCUUGAAACAUAUUUAAUAUCCAUUAAGGAUACUUACAAAAAUAUUGUUCUGAAAUCGAACGAACUUUUGGAUAGCCUGAACAAUUGUGUUAAUGCCCACAAUAAUUACACAACUAGCUAUGGUAAACUAAAAAAUUGGAUCACCGAGGAAAAGGAUAAAGUCAUGGCAUGUGAUGACGAGGGCGGUGAGAAACAAGAAAUAAUAAAACGAAUUGAAACAUUGAACAAUUUGAAACUGUCCAGAUCGAAGGGCGAUGAAUUGUUGAAUCAACUGCUUCAACACCAUAAUAUAAACAAGCAAAGUACAGCUCCUCAAGGAAUUGCCCAAGCGGAAGAAGAGAUGAAUACAUUACGGUCUGACUUGAAUAGCCUUUACGAGUAUAUAGAUGAAACAGUAGAAUGUCAAAAAAGAUGCCUAACAAGCUGGACACAAUUUGACCAAGAAUUAGAUACCCUUACAAAGUGGUGCAGGUCAAUGGAAACAAUAUUCCGUGAGCAGCAAUUAUAUGAUACACUGGAGAAGAAACAGAACCAGCUGCAGUUGUAUCGUACCAACUUGGAACAUAUAAAUGAAAAACAGAAGGAUGUGGACGUUUUUGUUACCACUGCCCAAGCGUUAUUCAGCAAAACAGGUGUCGAAAAAGUCAAGUUCUAUAUAAACCAACUCAUAAACCGUCAUCAGCUUCUGCUGGUAUUAAGCAAAGAAGUGGUGAAUCGGGCACAAAAUAUCGUCAAUGAUCAUAUAGGCUACGACGAAAGGUUAAUAGAAUGUAGUACACGUUUGACAAACAUUGAAAAUAAUUUGGAGAAAGCAGUGGCAGAUAAAAUAACAGCAAUCAAUCAAUCCAUGUUGCAAAACAUAGACAUUGAGAAGGAAAAGAUAGAGAAUUACAUACCAAGUCUUAUCACGGCCAGUGAAAAAGUGUUGACAGAAACUAGUUCUAACGGGCGUGAGAAAAUACGGGAAGAUAUAAGAGAGAUUAAAGAUCGCUUUGACAAAAUCAUCAUUGCGGUAAACAAUCUGAAAAAGCAGUUUGACGUAAGGUCUGUACAAUGGUCUUCAUAUCAAGACAUUGUGCAGCAAAUAUUGUCCUGGCUUGAUGUUACAGAAAAGAAAAUAGACACAAGCGAAUCCCAAAGCUGGAAUUCCACGCAAGAAAUACGUUCUAAGCUUUUCAAAUACAAAGCUUUGAUGCAGGAAAUCAUGAGUCAGAAACGAAUGAUUGACUCAUUGAACGAAAAAACGACACAAGUUUUAAACAAUCGAGACGAAAAUAUUACUGCGAAAGUACAGUCUAUCAAUGAGCGAUAUGAACUAUUGAAAAAAUCCUCUGCUGAUAUUGUGUCAAAUCUAGAACAAUCCUUAUUAUUACUCAACAAAUUCAAUGAGCUUCAAAAAGCGCAUAUUGACGAACAAGAAGAAUUGCUUAAUGAUCUAAAGCAGCUAUCUGAUAUUUCUGGAAGCAAAAAAUCUAUCCAGGACAAGUUACAGAAAGUUGAUGAUUUGCAACACAUUCUACCCGAAAAAAUGAAUAAAUUGAGAGAUCUGAGCAAAUUGAUAUCAGAUAACAGUGACCUUAUAUCCUACGGUGCAAAAAUGAAUAUGGAGCAAGAUUUAGUAAAAGUUCAGCACGAAUUUGAAAAGCUAAACAAUUCGAUUAAUGAUACCAAAAUUGAGCUGGAAAAACGCAUUCAGCUAUGGGAUGCAUAUCAAAUGGAAUUGGAUGACAUCAAUCGAUUCCUGACAGGAAUUGAAGAUUCUAUGCGAGGUUAUGGCCUGAAAAAUACUCUGAUUGAAAAACAGGAACAACAUGAUAUCUACCAAGCCUUGAAUGGAAAACUCAAACACAAGCAUUUGUCUUUAGAUGCCCUGCUUGACAAAUCAUCCGAGCUACUUCAAAGCAGUGGAGAUGCAAAAAUAUCCUUCAAUAUGCAGCAGAUUAAGUCUCGAAUGCAGUCUGUUGAAAAUACCAUAAAAGAAAUUUCGAAGAAAUGCGAACAAGCAUUUGAGGAACAUAAAACAUACAAAGGCAAAUAUGACGAAUGUAUUGCAGUACUGGACCAAAUUAAGGAGACGUUUGUGAACUGUAAGACCAAUCAGCAGCAAAGUCUGGAGAAUGUUAUUCAAACUAUGAAGAAGUUAUUAGCCGAGCAAAACUCUGUUAGCGUGCAGUGUAGCUCUGUGUCAGAUAUGGGAGAAAGACUCUACACUUCAACAGCCAUGAAAGGACAGCAAGCGCUUCGAACUGAGAUUCAAGAAUUGUUAUUACGAUUUGAACGCUUGUUUGAUGAAAUCAGUUCUUUCUUAAAAACAUGCGAAGCCAAAUCCACUAAACUUUCAGGUUUCAAUGAGAAGCUUGCUCAAAUUCAACAAUGGUUAAAUGGCAUCGAUUCAAAUUUUUCUGGCGAAAUGGUCUUGAAACCAACCCUUGAUGAGAAAAUUUCCCAGCAUCAAGCAUAUCAAGACAUGAUGAAUGACAUAAAAAAUCAUAAGCCUGAACUGAACAACAUACAGGAUCUGCUCAAUAACCUUAAAGAAGAGGAUGUGAGCAUAGAUCUUGUUUACAGCGAGGUCAAUAAGACAUACAAUGAAUAUUUUGAUAGAUGUCAAGGUUUUGUGGUUGCUUACGAAAAAAUCGUAAACAACCAUCGUCAAUAUUGCAAGGCGGUAUUGGAAACUUCAGAUUUCAUUGACGCAAAUCACAAUACAAUUGAACUUUGGGGUGAGACUGAUCUUGACCAAGUGUCGUUGCUUACGAAUCUGGAUCGAUUGAACGAGUUGAAGAAAUCUAUCAUAUCGGAAAACAAUCGAAUUGAGCAGAUACGAACUAUCGGGGAAAUGACCAUUCCUGAUACUAGUGACGACGGAAAGACUAAUAUCAGAUCGCAAAUAGAUAUUUCUCAACAGGAUUGGGAGGGGCUUUUAGUAGCUAUUGAUAGCACAAUUGAAAAAAUUCAAUCCAAAGUAUCGGAAUGGAAUGAUUAUGAAAAAAUGCGUUCAGAUUGUAUGAAUUGGAUCCGUAACGUGGAUUCAAAGAUACACUCAGUUGAUUUGAAAGCUACCCUCAACGAAAAGAAAGCGACGUUAGAUUAUCUGAAAAGCUUACAGGGUGAGGUGAAAGCUAAGGAGUUAGAAAUUGAUAAUUUUACCGAAAAGGCGCAACAACUUUAUAGGGGGUAUCUUAGCAGUAGGAAUUCACAAAUAUCGGAAUUGGCUAUAAAGUAUCAACAAACAGCAAAUCGCGUAAAAGAACUUUCCACAAGGUGGCAGCAAUACGUUAUCAACCAUCAAGAAUUGGAAACCCAGAUUUCCAAUUGUAAGCAAUGGUUGAAUGGGGUAAGAGAAAAAUUGAAUUACUGUACUGACCAAAGUACUACUUCCGAAAAAGAACUACAGAGCAAAUUGAAGCUUAUUCAGGAGCUCAUAGUUAAUAAGGACGAAGGAAGCUCAAAGAUUCAGCUUAUAAUGGAUCUGGCACAGCAAGUUCUUGCCUGUACUACUUCGGCUGGCCACGAGACAAUUAAUCGAUCUGUAGCGGCUUUACAAGAGGAUUGGUCUGUUUUGACACUGAAAAUGAUAGAUGUGAAAACUAAUUUGGAUGAAGCUAUCAACCAAUGGUCAGGAUUUUUAGACCAAGUAAAUGAUUUGCGGAAGAAUAUUGAAUGGAUGGAAAAUGAAUUCAAAGGGUACUCAGAAUUUCAACCGACAAUGGCGGAAAAACGUGCUCAAUUGGACAGAAUUAAAAAUUGUGAAGAAAAAAUUCGUAUUGAACGCAUUGAAAUUGAACCAUUAAAACAGAACGCAGCAGAAAUGUGUCAACAAACUCAAGCUGCAUGCACGGCGCAACAGAUCCUUGGAAAGUUUGAUUACAUGGCUGACCAGAUCAGUAAACUACUCACUGAAAGAGAAGACCAAUAUCGGGAUCAUCGAUUGUACAAAGAAGCAUAUGACGAUUUGUUUAAUUGGAUAAGUAGAGCUCGUGAAAAGUUACCAUGUAUAAAACAGCAAUCGUUAAGUGACAAGUUAUCAAUAGACAACGCAAUCGCUCCUUUGGAUUCUCUCAUGAACAAAAAAGCCCAAGGAGAACUCUUAGUGGAACAUUUAGUUCACACUGGUGAAGUAGUUAUGGCAUCAACGUCUGCUAAAGGUAAAGAACUGAUCAAGAGUGACAUAAAUGGGUUGAAAAACAAUUUUGAAAACCUAUUCAAGGAGAUUGCUGAUCAAAAGCGUAAUCUUGAAAAAACUAUCUCGAUGCUUCGGGAAUAUAAAGACGAGUAUGAACGUCUUUCGGAAUGGCUGCAGCAAAUUGAUAUAAUUGUUAAAAAUAACAAACUGACCAUGUCCUCCAAUUUACAAGAAAAAGAUAAACAAGUCAAAGAUAUGCGAGAAUUGAUCGACAGAUUAGGCAAAGGGCAAACAGAAAUGGAUAAAUUCAACGCAUUUGCCGCUCCACUUUUACAAUCCCAUUUAGAUUCCUAUAUUGGAAACCAGUUAAGACAUCUUAAUUCUCGGUACCAGGUGCAAGUAAAUAUUGCUAAAGAUGUCCAGAAGAAAGUAGAAUCAAACUAUGAACUUCAUAGAGAUUAUAAUGAUUAUCUACGGAAAGCAAACGCUUGGAUUGAAAAUGCUAAGGACAUUGUUAGGUACUCAACAGAUAAUGUAGAACAAGUUAGUAAGGAAAACUUGGAAAAACGGUUGGAAAAAGUUGUCGAGUUAAUUCAACAACGUGAUCAGGGACAAAAUCUAGUGAACAACACAAUCAACACUGGAGAAAAAGUGGUAAAAUGUACGAAAUCCGAUGGAAGAGAAGUAAUCAACAACGAACUCAAAGAAAUACAAAACAGUUGGGACCGUCUUGUGAAAAAAAUGUCCACCGCUAAAGUUCAUUUGGAAACCAGCUUACUUCAGUGGGCAGACUAUAGCUCCAGCUACAAUCAUCUCACGCAGUGGAUGCAGGAUCGGGAAUCAAAACUACAGAGAGUCAGUGAGCAAAAGGUUGUAAGAUUCAAGACAAGUGCGCCUUCUAGUCUCAGCAGUGGUUUGAAUGAGAGGAGAGCUAAUUUACGCCAAGCCAACGACAUUGUUCAAGACAUAGUUUCCUUUGAACCAAUGAUUCAGUCGGUUGCCAAUAAAGCGUCGGGUCUUCAUCAAACAUCUCCAGCUUCUGAAAUUUCACACAAGUAUGAAAAUCUAAGCAAACAAGCCAAGGAAGUUUUUGCUAAGCAAAAAGAAACUGUUGAACUUCAUCAAGCCUUUAUCGACUCGAGUAAUGAAUUUGCUGCCUGGAUACGUAAUGCCAAGGAAAAUCUAAACAAAUGCACCGAUUACAAAGGUGAUAAGGAUUCUUUGGUUUCGAAAAUGACGCAGCUUAAGAUUCUUGAGAGUGACGCCCCCGUUGGACAGAAGAAACUCGAGAAAGCUCUUGAGCAAGCUGAGAUAGCAUGUCGAAUAGUCGAUGCGGAAGAAUGUGAAGCUAUAGAAAAGGAGGUCGCUAUUCUUCAAGAGGAAUUUGACAACUAUUGUCUAGCUUUGAAAAAAAUUGGAGCGGCUCUGGAAAAUGGUAUUGUUCGUUGGACUGAAUACGACGACCAGUAUAAAAUUGCUCAGAAAUGGUUGGACAAAAUUGAGCAGGAAAUUCAAUCAUAUAAUAAAAUGCAAAAUAGUCUUGAAGAGAAAAAAUGUGUGUUGGAAGAGUUCCAGGAAAAACUGCAAACCUUAUUCGAUUGGCAACGCGAACUCGAUACCUUGAACAUGAAAGCUCAAGUCCUGCUAGAGAUUUGUGCUGAUACGCGAGUUAGUAACGGAGUUACUCAGCUAACCACCAAAUAUAACGUUCUGUUAUCAAUUGCCAAGGAAACAAUGCGAAGACUAGAGCAACACUAUCAAGAACAUCAGCAACACAAUACGCUAUACGGUGAAUGCCAGGAUUGGCUGGACAGAUUGCGUGAAAGGUUGAAUGAGUGUGAUGCAACUCCACAAACUAUAACCGAAACACAGUCCAAACUCAAUAUCAUAAAAGGAAUCCGACAAAGCCUUGAGCAAGGUCAGAAUAAAUUGCGAUAUCUCUUUGAACUCAAGGAGAAGAUUGUUCUCAGUACUGAAACCAACGGUGCUUCAAAAAUUGCCGAAGAUACAGAUAACAUCAAAACUGACUAUGAGUCUCUAAUGUUGGAUAUCAAUGAAAAUCGUCAAAAGCUAUUAAAUCAUUUGGCACAACUUGAAGACAUAGGAAAACUUUCAAAAAUCCUCUCCGAAUGGGUUGAAGAGGUUCAAGGCAAACUUGAAGACAGUUCAGUACUCACUGAACUAUCUGACAGGCGGGUUGCUUUGGAAAAGUACCGUGCUAUCCAACGUGAAACUGGAAACUAUAACGAGAUAGCAGACAAAAUCAAAGAAAAACUCACUGGAAAUAGUAGCAUCGGAAGCGAAAAACACAACCAACUACUUAAAGAUCAUGAAGAUUUGGUUUCAAAAAUUGCCAUUGAAAUUGAAAACUUGGAAAAUCAAGUCAAUAACUAUGAGAAAUUCAAACAGGGGCUUCAAGAGUUAUAUGAGUGGAUGAAAACUGCUCGCUUGAGAACAGAAAAACUCACAGAUUAUCAUGGCGAUAAGGAGCACAUUGUGGAACAAAUCAAUAAAAUAAAAGACAUACAGUUGUCAUUCUCCGAAGGAAAAAUUUUGCUUGAAAAUGCACAGGACCUUGGAAGUAAGCUACUUCAGAUUGUAGGUCAAGAAGGUCAAGAUUCUAUCAAGCAAGAACUUCUACAAGCCAAUACAGACUGGGAAGAUAUUGAAGCUUUGUCAAGAACAGUCGAUCAAGAGUUGACUGAUGUACUUUCUUCCUGGGAAAGUUUCUUGGAAAAAUCUGACGACAUCAACUCAUUCAUCUUGGACCACGAAAGCAAAAUAUCAUCAUUCAAUGCUGAAAACACCGCAGAACAGGAAAAUAAUCUCAAACAACUUAAGCAAAUCUUCAAUUUAAUUGUGAGCAAGAAAAAUUCCAUUGAGGAAUUGAAUGAUAUCUGCGAAGCAUUAAUGGAAAAAUGUGCAUGCUCUAUGGUUCGAGACCGCACCGUUGAACUUCAAAAAAAUUAUUCGACACUUCUAGUGAAUUUGCAAGGUAAGUAG